AUGUCGUACUCGUGGGUGGUUUGCACCCUGUUGGCCAGCGUCCUCUGCGGGGCCCACGGUGCGAGCAGCCCGACCAAAACUUACACGGGAUACAAGCUCAAGCCAACGUCUCUGCGCAUGAUCUAUCACCAUGACCAGACCAUAGCCAUCGUGGAGAUUGGCGAAGGUAAAGCACUUCUCAACUGCGAGCUCGUCGAAAUCUACAACGACGACGAAGGCAAAGAAAUGUUGAAAAAUCUGACGAGAAUCAACAAGCCACUGCGGAUCACCCUAGAGCAAAUGAUGAAACUGAUUGGCCAAUGCGAUCUGUUGGACCCUCACCAAGUGAAUCCGGAAGAGGUGAGGCUGCACGCUCGUGGAGUCGAUGGUGGCAAAGAAAUGAAAUCGAACGGCGUCCAAACGACUACGUCCAGUUCGCUGUACUCGGGAAUACUACCAGGUACUAAAUGGUGUGGUAGUGGGGAUCUAGCUACAACCUAUUUUGAUUUGGGAUCAGAGGUCAAACUGGACAUGUGUUGUAGAACCCACGAUCUGUGCCCAUCAAAAGUCAGAUCUUAUGCUACUAGAUACAACAUCACCAACGAUUCCAUGUACACAAAAUCUCAUUGUAUUUGUGACAAAACGUUUUACAAUUGCCUGAAAAAGGCAAAUCAUUCGACCGGAGAUCUCAUGGGAACUUUAUACUUCAAUAUACUUCGUGUGCCAUGUGUGGAUGAAAGGAAUGGAAAAACAGUGUUUAAAUUACCACCAUCAUAUUAA